GACAAACAGGAACCGCUGCAGUUAGCGGCACACUUCACACUCUUCUUGUGAAGUUAACUAUGGGUACGUGGUAGCUGUUCAGAGCGGGAGUUCUUCACGGAGUCUUGGACUUUUAUUUUACCCCCCCAAAACAUAAAAAGUUUUGGACGGAGAGCCCCGGGACACAGAAUGCUUCCCCGCAGGCAGGACUACAUGAUGAAGCGGGUCGGAGGAGCGAGGACCGGCUCGGUUCUAAACUUCGGGACGGCGGUGAAGUCGGGCUCGGUGCGCCGCAGCUCCGCCGUGCUACCGUCGGUGCUAACGUUCCUGGUGAUCGUAGCGUCCGGAGGCCUGCUGCUUAUGAUCGAGAAGGGUAUGCUCAACAGUGUGGAGACGCCUCCACCCCGGGGCAAGACCAGAACACUGUACCUGGACGUCAAACGCAGAACGGCUGCUGUGGACGUGGAGUCACAGGUUCUCCAGGAGAUCCGUAACCGGACCAUCAGGACCAUGUGCAGCCAAAAGAAUAUGCCCCACAGUCUGUGGUCCCUGAAUCCAUUACAGAGGAAGACGCUGCUGCAGCACAUCCUGGUGAAUGAUCAGUACCACUUCCUGUAUUGUUAUGUCCCCAAAGUGGCCUGUUCCAAUUGGAAGAGGGUCCUAAAGGUCUUGAGUGGAACUCUGGAGAGUGUGGACGUCAACAUCAAGAUGGACCACCGCUCUGACCUGCUGUUUUUGUCUGCCUUGAAGCCUGAUGAAAUUCGUUACCGGCUCAAGCACUACUUCAAGUUCCUGUUUGUGCGGGAGCCGAUGGAACGGCUGCUUUCUGCAUACAGGAACAAGUUUGGGGAGAUUGAGUCCUAUCAGAAAAAGUAUGGUGUGGAGAUCAUAAAGAGAUACAGAAAAGGCCACGUGAAGGAUUCAGCCAUAAAGGGAGAUGAUGUGACUUUUUCAGAGUUUGUUCAGUACUUGCUGGAUGAGGAUGCAGAGCACAUGAACGAGCACUGGAUGCCCGUCUAUAACUUGUGCCAACCAUGUGCUGUGUCCUAUGACUUCAUUGGCACAUACGAACACCUUGAAAGUGAUGCAGAAUUUGUUCUUCAGCACAUUGGAGCUCCACCUCAUGUCCACUUCCCAGAGAGACAAAUGUGGUACAAACCGGUCACCACGGAGACUCUGCACUAUUAUCUGUGCACCUUACCACAGAAAGUACUGAGGGAGCUCUUACCCAAAUACAUUCUUGACUUUUCGCUCUUUGCUUAUCCCCUCCCAAACACCACCACAGAACACUGUCGGCAUUAAAUGUGCAAUAUUUUAGAGUUUUGAAAUAAUUUUUUAUAGAAAAGUCUAUGUAUCAUUUUUUUUUUUUAUUCCUGGGAAACAAGCAGUAUUUCCAUCAAUGUAAAUUUUUAAAUUCCAUUUUUACUUGAGAUGUAUGUGCAUCACAUAAUGCUGAUUAUUGUAAGCGAUACAAACUUCAGAACCACUAAAACUGGAAAUCAACUGCAGACAAAUUUUUUUUUUUUUUGUAAAGUUACUGAAAUCACAUUUCUUAUUUCAAGACCAUGUAGAACCGUUACAACAAAUAUACCAAUUCAGUAUAAAUAUAUGGAAGUGUUAAACGUUGGGGGGAAUUGCAUUGUUUCUACAACUCUAUGUUGGAGGUGGUAAAGGAUUAAUGUCUCGUGUGAGCAUUCAGUGGUUUAGCAGGAUAGAACCUUGUACUCGGGGCAAUGUGGGUUUUACAUCACGUUGAGAUUUUCCAUGUCAGUUUCACCUCUUUCCUACAAACAUUUCAUGUUUGCCAUUUAAUAAAAUGGAAUUUCAGUAUAAAAAU